AUGGCUACACGACGCAUUUUCGCGUCCGAGAAGACGGUCACCGAGGGACAGGGUGGCCCGUCUACAGCAGAUCAAGUUUCGGACACGAGUCCUGCGGUUCCAGCUCACGUUAUCUACAAGCUUCUCUUCUUCACCGCGGCCAUGGUAUGUGUGCCAAUUGGUUCGUACUUUGUCACACUUCACACUAUUUUUGGAGGAAAAGCGGUAUGGGCUGGUGCUUUCGCGGCUAUCAUGGCAAAUGUGGUCCUGAUAGCAUACAUUGUCGUUGCCAUGAGGGAAGAUCAAUCAGAGAAGGCCGAGGCUGAAAAUAAACGAAAGAAAGGACAGUAA